AUGGCCGACAGUGCAUUCGAUCCAAGCGCAGCAGCAGCGAGGCAGCGUCGCAUGGACCUUCGUCGCAAAAAGGCGACCACACCAAGCGGCCUGAUUGUGUGUCGUAAGCACCUAGGCGUGGGUCUGCUCCCUCAGAAGCGCGACAAUAGCGACGACUCCAGCACCAACUCCUCCCUCUCCUCCUUCCCCAUCUCUCCCUCCUCCAUCUCCCCUCCCCACUCCAACCCCAAUUCCUCCUCCGAUCCCAUCACCGCCGCCGCCUACACCGCCCUCCGCACCAAGUUCCGCCGGAGCCAGUUCCGCCGCCCGCGCAAGGGCAAGGGGGACUCCGCCUCCGCCGAGGGCUCGUCCGGGUCGAAGUCUCCGCGAGGGGUGAACGGGCAAGAGGGGGACGGGGGAGGCGGGGGAGGGGAGGGGGGAGAUGACGAGGAUUCCAGCAGCGACUUGUCGUCGGAGACCAGUUCGAGCGGCACGACAAGCAGCGGCGAGGGUAACGACGCGGAGGUAGACGCUGCGAUCUCGGUCGCGGCGAGCUUGCUGCAGGAGGAGACGAAGCUUCAGAGCCUGGGGAUGGACGGGGUCGGGGGGGCGGCAGCGGACGCCACGGCGUUCGUGCCGCUGCCUCCGCGCGUCAUUCCGCCCAGCACGUGCAGCGGGGCAAAGAUCAAGGGCGCGCCGGCGGACGAAUGUCCGGGGAACGGGGUGCUGUCGGUGUGCGGGCGGCGGCGGGAGAUGGAGGACGCGGUGUCGAUGGUUCCCGCGUUCGCGCUCGUGCCGUGCGCCAGCCGCGCGGGGUGCUCGCUCGCGGGGAGCGAUUCGUGCGGAGGACAGGGCGCGGACGACCCGCAGUGCCAGCUGCACAUGUUCGCCGUGUUCGACGGCCAUGGCGGCAGUCAGGCGGCACUUUUCCUGUCGGCCCACAUGGCCACGGCGCUAGCAGAAGAGCUCUCUAUCACACUCUCAGGUAUCGAGCCCCUUCCCCCGGUCACGCCCGACGCUGCUGCUGCUGCUCCUGCCGCCGCCACAGGCGCGCAGGCCGGCGCGGAGGCGGGCGCGGAGGGCGCGCAGAAGGUGGACCCGGUGCUGCAUGCGCACUGGCAGCGCGCCAUGGUGCAGUCGUUCGCGCGCAUGGACGCGGAGAUCAGCGGCCACUGCUUCCUCCGCCGCUCCCACUGCCACGGCGCAUCUGGUAACGCGGGCGACGGGGCAACAGGCGCGGAGGGGGGCGGCAUGGGCCCCGAGUGCGUGCACGAGCCAUUGGCGGCGGAGACGGUGGGAUCAACGUCUGUGGUGCUGGUGGUGACGGCUCACCACCUGGUCGUGGGCAACUGCGGGGACUCCCGCGCUGUGCUGUGCAGGGGGGGCAAGGCCGUGCCUUUGUCCAAGGACCACAAGCCUGAGCGCGAGGAUGAGAUGAAGCGGGUGGAGAAGGCAGGCGGGCGUGUCAUUUUCUGGAACGGCUACCGAGUGCUUGGAGUGCUGGCCAUGUCACGUGCCAUUGGCGAUCGCUAUCUGAAGCCCUAUGUGAUUCCAGAGCCCGAGGUGACGAUCACGGAGCGCCACCCAGACGACGAGCUAGUAGUGCUGGCCUCAGAUGGACUCUGGGACGUCAUUUCCAAUGAGGCUGCUGUUGACAUUGCCCGCCGUUGCCUCGCCCAACGUGGAGGCUCGGGAGGCACAGGGUCGGCCGGAGCUGCGCCUGAGGCGCCUCCAGCUGGGGAUGAGACGGCUGCUGCUGCUGCGGAGACUCUUGCUGCUGCCGGCGCCCAGGGGGAGGAGGAGAUGACCCCGGCUGCUCUGGCUGCUGCUGUGCUGACGAAGCUGGCUCUGGUGCGUGGCAGUGGGGACAACAUCAGUGUUGUGGUUGUGGAUCUCAGGGGAACACGGUGA